CCCGGCGCCGGCGCAGGGCUGUGACGUACGGCCGUGUGGCGUCACGCGCGCGCCACCGCUUAGCUCCGGCGCGGGGUCUGGACGGCGAGCAUGGGUCCUGGCGCGCAGCUUCCCCCCGAGAUCCAGCUGGCGCAGCGCCUGGCGGGCAACGAGCAGGUGACCCGGGACCGAGCGGUGCGGAAGCUCCGCAAGUACAUUGUCGCCAGGACCCAGCGGGCCACAGGUGGCUUCACGCACGACGAGCUGCUGAAGAUAUGGAAGGGACUGUUCUACUGCAUGUGGAUGCAGGACAAGCUGCUCCUGCAGGAGGAACUCGGGAGGACCAUUGCCCAGCUCAUCCAUGCUUUUCAGACCGCAGAGGCACAGCACCUGUUCCUGCAGACCUUCUGGCAGACCAUGAUCCGUGAAUGGGCAGGCAUCGACCGGCUGCGCCUGGACAAGUUCUACCUGCUCAUGCGGAUGGUCCUGAACGAGUCCUUGAAGGCCGUGAAGAUGCGAGGGUGGGGAGAAAGGGACAUCGAGCAGCUGCUGGAGUUGCUUACCUCCGAGAUCCUGCACGAGGACAGCCAGGCUCCCAAUGGCGUGAAGAGCCACUUUCUCGAGGUCUUCCUGGAGGAGCUGACCAAAGUGGGCGCCGCAGAGCUCACGGCUGACCAGAACCUGCGGUUCGUGGAGCCCUUCUGUGGGAUCGCCGCCCGCACUACGGACUCCCUGGUCCUGCACAACAUCACGCGUGGCAUCUUCGAGACGAUUGUGGAGCAGGCCCCCCUCGCCAUCGAGGACCUCAUGAGGGAACUGGCCGCGCAAGAAGGGGAGGAUGAGGGCUCGGGUGGCGACCAGGAGUCGGACGGUGACGAGUCGUCGGAGGGUGGGCGUGAGCAUGCCCUGCCACCCCGGGAGCCGCCUGCAGGCUCCCCAGAGCAGGUGGGAGACGACGAGGACAGCACUGGCCCUGUUCUCCAGUUUGACUACGAAGCAGUUGCCAACAGGCUGUUUGCGGUGGCCAGCCAGCCGGGCACCCCCUCUCAGAACAGGAAGCGCCUGUACAAGGUCAUCCGCAAGUUGCAGGACCUAGCUGGAGGUCACUUCCCUGAGGACGAAGUCCCCGAGAAGGCCUGCAGGCGUCUGCUGGAGGGGAGGCGGGUGCGGAAGGCGAAGCGGCGCUGGCUGCAGCGGCAGGCGCAGAGCCAGAGAGGGGAAGUCCGGGAGGAGACGGCGGCCCUGAGUCCAGACCCGAGCCUUGGAGGCGAGAGGAAGGGUCGGCGGAGGCCUGAGAGGGCUGGCCCUGGACCUCGCACGGGAGCCAGGGGCAGGAAGGGGCCCCGCCGGAGGAGUCGGCAGCCUGGGCGGGCACCUGCUGCCCAAGCAACAGCGGCUGGCGCCCAGGAGCUCAAGAGAAAGAAGAAACGGCCGCUGGAGAGCGGGUAGAGCUGUGACCAGGCCGGGACAGGCGGCCGCUGUGCGCGUCCUCAUGCAGCGAGCUGCGCUGAGGCAGGACACCAGGGGAGGCUGAACCUCUGACAUCCGUGGUCCCGACCUCCGCAGGGCGGAUGAGGAGGACGGGCCCAGGAAACGUAGCUGCCUCAGGGCUGGCAUCUGUACCUGCUCUCUUAGGUCACAAGUUCAAAUCCUGGAGACUUAGAGCCCCACCACAGGUGACUGUCAUCCGCGCCCCUGGGCCCCAUGGAAUAAAACGUGGGCCCUGACCA